UCCAUAGCUUCCCCGGAAGCCAUGCUGGAACAGCGGCUGCCUCCACCACCGACCUGGCCGCAGUUGCAUAGCAAGUUCGGAGCAUUGAAGAACGGAGUACCAAAGUAUGUCCCGCAAGAUGCUUUGAUCGAGGCCUUCGAGACCGCCCAGGCCGAAACCACGGCGCGGAUCCGCGCGGGGCUCAGCUUGCCCGCCUCGCCGGAAGCGAAGUCCAGCACGGGAAGCAGGUCCUUCUGGCCCGGGAGCCGGCGACGCUACGGCAGCGAGCCGCCGCCCUCCCCGUCGCGGCGGCUGCUGGGAAUGGAACUGCCUCAACCGCCUCUGCCGCCCGUGGCGGGAGAGCUCAAGGGGAGAUUGGAGGCUUUAGAGAUGGAUGCCAAGCGACUUCACCUCCAAGAGGUCGAACGGAUACGUGGCAUUUGCGCGGGCUUGCAGGAUGACUUAGAUAUGUGCCGGAGAAGUUUGGAAGAGAAGUCGCGACAAGAGGAUCAGGCGCAGAAGGAGAUCUCAAGGCUGCGGGCCGAAGUGGAGAGAUUUCGCCAUCAGAGGAACGACUCGAAAGAGGUGCUUCGUUUGAAAGAGGCCUUGAGCCUCCUAGAGCAAAGCGACUUGGAGAAGAGCCACCGGUUAGAAAUGGAACAGCAGGAGUCCUUGAGGCUGCAAGCGGAGCGUGAUGCCCUCGACUCGGAGCGGAGGAGUAGCGAGCUGAAGGAGAGGCAGCUCCGUGAGAAGUUGGAGGCGGAGAAAUACCAGGAGCUCCAGAAGUUUGAGGCUGAUUGCCGGCGGCUGACCGAGAAUCUGGAACGAGCCGAAGAAGAUAAUCGACAUUUGCGAAAAGCCUUGAAGGAACGAGAAAAGGCAGAAUCCGAGUUGAGGGAUUCGCUGACAAAUCUGAAGGGCAAAGCGAUGAGUCAGAAGCAGCAGCAGAUCGACCAACUGUCAGAGGAGAAUCGCAGUCUGAAGAUCUUAGUGCAGGAAUUGGAACGAGAGAAAGGUCGCUGGCGAGGCUUGGAGCGUUCCCAGAUCGAGCAGCUGGCCUCCUCCGACCAAGAUCGGCAGACCUUACGGAUGAAGUUGCAAGAAGCUCUGGAAAGCGAAGAGGAGCUGAGGCGCCAGGUGUCUCGACUGCAGCAGGAAGAGACCAAGCAUCUGCAGGCAGUGCAAGCCAACCAGCGACUGGAGAAGGACGUGGAGCAUCUGCGCAAGGCGCUGAAGCAACGCCGCAAUGCCGAGAAGGAUUUGAGAGAAGCCAUUGAUGAACAAAAGCGCUUGCGAGCGCAGUCGGUGCAAUCCGAAGAAUCGACUCCGAGCCCCGUCCGAGCCAGCUUCACGGAACCCAUGGGCGUGCGCCGCAGCCUGGCUGCAGGGCUGCCAGGUGUUCCCAGCCUGCCGGGGCGCGCAGGGCGCGCGGUGACGCUGGGCGACUUCGCAGCGGAGAUGGUGGAGGUGGAUCUGACCAGCAGAUUGAGCAGCAAAGAGUCAUCCUUAAUGGAGGUCGACUUGACACGAGAUUUGUGACAGCCGAAUUGAGCCAAUGCCCAGAAAGGAUGGAAGUCCUUACAGUUGGCCUUGGACAAAACGCGCUGCACAAGAAUUCAC